UGAAAACAUUUGACCGGGUGCCACCACCCUCCCGAUCCGAGCGGCUUGACUGGGGACGGCCGAACGUUACCGGGAACUGUCGAAAUAGGAAACGAAAGUCCCGUUUAUUGUGUGGACUUCCUGCUCCAGUUAGAAUAUAUGCCUCCGUGUAACGCAGCGCUCAGCCUCCCCGUCACUUGCGUCCGAACGGCGGAUGGGAGCGCAGAAAGCGACGGAUGUGGCCUCGCUAUUCUAUUAUUGAUGUUUCCAGACAUCCGCAGCAGUCCGUGUAGCCAGAUCGUGGUCGAUUUUUGGACCUGAAAGCGACGCAACUCCUGCAUGAAAUCAUUUUUUUUUACCCCCUUUUGUCUGCGCAGCAACAUUUUUGUGUGUGUGUGGAUGUCUCCAUAGGCGGAUUGGGAAGUAAACACUCUGGCCUGCGCUCAUGAUCGGAGGCGAGGUGAGAUUGAUGCCUCAGACUCAAUUGCCCUUGAUCGCAAGUUGAUUUUCACUCCGGAGCACAGGACUCGAUCGCUCUAAUGGCGUCAGUCUCCAAGGUGUCCAUUCUGGAUUACUUUAAUAUUGUGUUCGAGGGCGAAAAUGGCAAAAUCGAGUCCAACUGUAAGGCUUGUGGCACCAGAAUCCAGGCGAAGCGGAGCGUCACGUCCAACUUCGUAACGCAUCUCAAGCGGAAGCACCAGGCUAUGUAUGAUGACUUUGUGAAAAGGAAGGAUAUGAAGCGAGAGGGUUACUCCUCCGCUUCCCUGCACAGUUUCACCACCAACGGAGGGAAUGCCCGCUAUGCUCUCCCCAUCAGUACUGGAGGGGGGGGAGGAGGAGGGGGAGGAGGGAAUGUUGGAGGAAUGGGAACUCUUGAGGGAGCAGCAGGAGGAGGCUCUGGAGGAGGGGUGACCAAGUUUGACAGACACGACCCCCGUCAGGUUUUGAUUUCUGAGGCUAUAGCUAAGAUGAUCGUGCGUGAUCUGCAGCCGGUGUCCAUCGUGGAGAAUCGAGGCUUCAGAGAGUUGCUUCAGCUCCUGGAGCCUCGCUACACUCCCGAGCCCCAGCACUACAUCCAGAGCCAGCUCCUCCCAGCCUACGCCUACCAGGCCCAGCUAGCCACCCGCCAGGCCCUGGCCUCGGCACACGCCCUCAGCCUCAGCCUGGAUCUCUGGAGGGGCUUAUCUGGAGCCACUUCAGGGUACCUUGGUGUCACCUGCCACUUCCUUACAUCUGACUGGCAGAUGCGCUCAGCCCUCCUGGCGUGCCUUCCACUGACCGGCGGCAACACUGGGAGUCGAGUGCUUUCAGAUUUUGAUGAAGUGUGUCACUCUCACGGCGUGUCGGGGAGAGCCUUCCGCGUCGUCGCCGACCCUCUCCUGGCUACAGCGACCCUAAAGCCGUGCUGUCUUCCCGGUUUCCUGCUUUCAGCUCCUCUUGCCAACAGUCAGGACGGAGACGACGAGGAAGCGCUGGACAACGGCAAUAAUGACGCGGAGCAAGGCGUCAGGAACGGCCACGGUGACUGUGGAGAGGAGGGGGAGUGGGAGGACUCGUGGGAGCAGGGUUUGGGAGUUUCUCGGGUGGACUGUUUCUCUCGAUGUCUUGAGCAGUGUGUCAGAGAGGGGCUGCGCUCUUGUCCUCAGCUCUCCUCCACGCUGGCCAAGGCCGCCUGCUUCUACAAUUACAUUACCUCUGCUGUCCCGCCUGAGAAGCUCAACCAGGUGUUUGAUGGUCCAGGGCUGACGAUGGGGGGUCCAGGAAACCUCUCCGACGCAGCGAGAGAUUGGGCUGCUCAGCUUAAGGUCCUUCGGCGGCUGCUGGACUCGGUGGAGUUCCUGGAGGAGAUGAGCGGUCCGGGGGAGCUGGCGCUGGGUGGAGCAGAGAGAGUCCUGCUGAGGGAGCUCACCGACACUUUGGAGCCCUUCACCGAGGCCUGGGAUAUGGUUCAGGGAGACAGACAGGCAGACCUACAGACAGACAGACAUGUGUCCAUCAGCCUGGCUCUGCCUUGUGUCCUGGGCCUCCGUAAGCACCUCUCUGAGACGUCAACCCCCCACUGCCCUGCCCUCCUGGCGGGCCUCAGCCAGGCUGUGGAGCGUCUACUGUCCCCAAUCCUAGAAAACCCUCUCUACAUCACUGCCACCACCCUGGACCCUCAGUUCAAGCUUACAUGGAGCAGCAACCCCGACUGGCACAGACAAGUUCUCGUAGAGGAGUUGUCCAAACCUUCCACAGCCUCCAGCCCCAUAGACCUCAACACUGACCUUCAUCCUCAGUCCCAGACUCCUCCUGCCACGGCUCCAUCACCGGUCUCCUCACUUUCUCGGCCCUGCAAGCUGUUCUCUUUCAUCAAGCAGAGACCCACCACACAGGCUAAGAGCCUAGAACAGGAGCUGGCCGUCUACCUUCGUGAGGAACCUACAGAUGAGGAGGCUUUGCAUUACUGGCGGCGUAAAGCUAUUGACUUUCCUCUGCUUGCCCAGGUGGCCAAGAGAGCAUUUACCAUACCUGCCUGUGGCACUGUGGUGGAGAGCAUUUUCACUACAGCAGGGCGCUGCCUGCUGCCGGAGAGAGGCUGUGUCUUACCAAAGAACCUGGAGACGCUCAUCUACCUCAAAGCUAACUACAGAUUAUUAUGGACUUAAGAAACAAGAGUUGAGCAUUUCUUUUACCUGAAUAGCGACUAAAGGCUUUAUACCUGCAGUAAAGUUACUUCUUGGAUACUAACCUCUAUUCCUCUUUAAGGAAACUGACCUAGCAACAUAACAUAGUUCUCAUACUGCACAUCAUUUGAUAUGAGACAGACUGAUUUAGCCAGAGUUUCAGAGCUGCGACUCAGUUUCCAUCCUUGAGAUGGGUUUUCCAGACUACAGUAGGUGCAGAUUACUGUCUGCGAAACACGUAGCCUGCAUACACACUAGUAUACCACUUGCUUUGCACCAGUGGGGGCUUUAACCAGAUCAAUACUAAAGCAUUUACUUUGACGUUAUUUUGCCUGAUCAGGGUGUCCAGAUAACCACAAAGCCCCUGCUUUCUGCUCUCCUAACCCAAAAGACAGUUUUCUGUCUGUAUCAAACCAACAAUAACCAAAUGGACAGUUACUGCAUACUGUAGCAUCUGAUUUAUUUUCACUGAUAUACAAUGGCCAUAGAGAUUGAUUCGUUUGAUGUUGUUUUUGAAGGAAGGUAUCAACUGCUAAACAAUAUGUUAUGUUAGUGCAUCAUCCACUUAUUGAUUUUUUCUCUGUAUGUGUGCCUCAUCACUGGGACAUCCUAAUAAAUGAGCUCCUGACACAGA